UGUUGCUACUGUGGAUCAUUGUACGCACAACAAAGAGCUGUGUUCGUCUCUGUGUUUUCCUGUCAUCACACUGUCUCUGUGCUCUCAAACUGUCAAUUCUUAUUAGCUUAUUUGUGAAAAACUAGGCAUUGGAAAAUGUUUUUUUUCCUCUUCAUAAUUUGUUCUGAAUGUUUUACAAAGAGACAGCCAGCCCUGAUAUCUUGAAGUCCUUCUGAUUGGGUCUCACACCUCAUUACAUUUCCAUUUCCUCUGGCCAGACACAAUCACACAGACAUAUUGAAGAUCAGCAGACCUUUUACAUAUUUUGUCAAACAGAAAUGGUCAAUGGAGCAGACUCCGGUCUGUUCACUUCCACCAUUUACCAAACAAAUAAACAUAAGAAGAAGAAGACCAUCGCCGUGGUUCCCACCCAAACAAAAUAUCGCUUCCACAAGGAAGAAGCUACAGGACAAUGUUUACAAAGUCCUCAUUAAGGAAGUUGUGAGAUAACGACACACACACCACACACACACACACACACACAGGGACAACACGAGCCCUGAGAAAUGCAGAGGCUACCAUAUCAUAGAUAAGGGACAGAGAGAGAGAGAGAGAGAGAGAGAGAGAAAGAGAGCGAGAGAGAAUGCAAGGGAGAGAGAAUACACAGAGAGAAGCUACCUAAGAGAUGCCUAUGCAAUGUCGAGUGAAGCAACGCCACGACCACCCUUCAUCCGGAACACCAACUGUUGAAACAAACCCACAUCAAAAGGUGUGUUUGAGGAUAAAGGUCGUAAGAAGCAGACCGGGAGAAGAUCCUCUGUGUAAGGAGCCACCACACACAGUGAGAGGAGCACCGACCUCCUGAUCCUUCCUCCAGCUCCUGGAGUCAGGAGCAGCACACCCAGGGUCAACCGCCAACAACCAGCGGAUCAUCGACGCGUUCGUCUCCAACCUUUGGAUUAAGGAUUGCGAGAUUAGACUGCGUCACCGGGGGUCCUUGUUGGACAGUCCUCGUGGAUAUACAGCCCUCUCCAUGGCAGACGUUAGGGUCUCCGGGUUGUCUUUCACCCAGACCCUCACACCCCUGCUCCCUCUCCUGGUUCUCCUCCUAGGGGGGGCCCUCUCUGGCCAGGGGAGCCCCAUCUCCCUCACCCCUCAGAGGCAUCGCCUGGCCCCGGGACUGGGGGAUGGGCAAGGCGGGGUGUUAGACCCCUCUCUCCUGGAGCAGGACAGUAACGUUGACAUGCAGAACCUCCUUGAAAACCUGAGGGGCCAGUUUUUAAGCACCUUCAACCUGUCGGGCCUGGGGCCCCCAGCCCCGGGCCCGGGCUCUGCUCGCGUGGAGCCCCCUGAGUACAUGAUGGAGCUGUACAACCGCUUUGCAAACGAUCGCACAGCCAUGCCCACUGCCAACAUCAUACGCAGCUUCAAAAACGAAGCCUCGUCUCCCUGCAGCGUCGGGGCCCAGAGCGUGAGGGUCCACCCUCUCCUCUUCAACAUCUCCAUCCCCCACCACGAACGCAUCACGGCCGCCCAGCUGCGCCUCUACACAUUGGUCCAGACCGACCGCGACCUCUACGACGGCGUAGACCGCAAGGUCACCGUCUUCGAGGUGGAACGGCGGGACACGGACGACAACAAGACCGGCGAGGGCGAAGCCCGCCGGGGGGACGGAGGAGGAGGAGCCGGAGGAGAAGAUGGGGCGGAGCUCGUGGCGUUGGCCUCGCGGCAGGUCUACGAGACAGACAACGGCUGGGAGGCGUUCGACCUGACCGCCGCCGCCCAGCGCUGGCGUAGGUCCGAGUACGGCACCACCCACAGGCUGGAGGUCCACAUCGCCAGCCUGGGGUCCGAGGACGCUGGUCGCCCCGCAUCCGAGGGGGGAGGCGGCGUAGGACGAGGGCGGGGUUCCAGAGGAGACAUGGAGAUCGAAUCCAGCCCGGAGGACAAACACAAACCCCUCAUGAUCGUCUUCUCCGACGACCAGAGCGGAGACCACCGCGAGGACAAGCGCGAGCUGAACGAGAUGAUCGACCAGGAGACAUCGGAGGCGGUGUUCCAGGAGGACCUGGGCCUCAACGGGCUGUGGGGGGAGCCGGGCCAGCCGCGGGACGACGAGGACGACGAGGACGACGAGGACGACGAGGAGUCCCUCAUCCAGAUGCGCUCCAACCUCAUCUACGACACGGCCUCCAGGAUCCGCCGCAACGCCAAGGGCAACCAGUGCAAGAAGCAGCCGCUCUUCGUCGAUUUCAAGGACAUCGGCUGGGACAGCUGGAUUCUGGCACCGGCCGGCUACGAGGCGUUCGAGUGCAGCGGCGUGUGCACCUACCCUCUCACCAAACACGUCACGCCCACCAAGCACGCCAUCGUGCAGACGCUGGUCAGCAUGAAGAGCCCUCAGAAGGUGGCGCGGGCGUGUUGCGUGCCCACCAAGCUGGAGCCCAUCUCCCUCCUCUACCUGGACGACACCGGCGUGGUCACCUACAAGUACAAGUACGACGGGAUGGUGGUGGCGGAGUGCGGCUGCAGAUAGGCCACGCCCCCCACGUCGGCGGAGAGGGAGAGAAGGCCGCCGCGGGCGUCUUCCUGUGGGAAGAGGAAAGGACUCAUUAGGACGGAGACGUGAAGCGAAGGACGAGCGGAGGAGAGGUGGGGCUGUUUUAUCUUUCGUCUGAAGACUUUGUAGAGCCGCCGCGACCUGAAUCUGGUGAGAGGACUGAGAGGAACCGCUGGAAGGAACUGACGGUAGGAGAUGUGGCUGUGGGACAUGGAACUCAAGGACAGAGAUUGACCACGCUGCAGGAACGUGUCAGCUGUUUUGUGAACGCAUUCAAGUUUAGUUUGUAAUAUUCCCUUUGUACAAUCUGUGCCGGCACGGGAGAAAAGUAGCUCUGACUGUGCCGAGUGCCGUGAUCUGACAGGCCUGUCUGGACCUUGUGGGAGCGUGGGCUCUCCUACUUCAACUCUGAUCCUCACACUCUCGUCUUCCUCCCCUCCUGUCCUCCUCCUCCCAGACCUCCAGCGCUGACGCCCUGAGCGUGCAGCGCCUGCCAAUCUGCUCUUCAUUUGGGCUGCCUCUGAACCAGGCAUCCUAAGGGCGGCCAGCAUUCUGAUUGGAUCUCCUGGCUUUGCGCCCCCCCCCCCCGCCCUCCCGAGGUUAUCUCUCUCCCCCUUCCCGCCCCUUCCCACUUCAGCCGCGGUCACAUGCCAUGCGAGCCUCUCCCACUGUCCUCCGCUCCCCCCCCCCUCUCUGCGGCGAUAAGAAGGUGUUGGAGCCGAGAAGCAUGCGUGCUGCCACUCAGUUCUGGAGGAGUGGACGCCCUUCCCUGCAGCUUGGGGGUGCUGGGAAGGGUGGGGGGACAGUGUGUGUGUGUGUGUGUGUGGGGGGGGGGGGGGUUAUAGGGAAGAGAGCUGUCCAAAUUCCUGACCAAACUGGCUGAACUCUCUGUCCUAUAGAACCUCCAUUCCUCCCCCGCCUCUGUCCCACUCUCUCUGUCUCUCCUUUUUCUCGUCUUUCAAUCGCAAAGUCGAGUCCUCUGUUUGGACAGCUCUCAAGGCCGAAGCGUGAAUCAGAAGAGACCCUGUGUAUGUCGUCAUUCAGAGUCUCCCUGACAUGAGGCAGGAGAGUGGACAUGAAAAAACACACUGUGGGCGCCUGUUCCUUUGUUUUUGAAACUAUGUAACACAGACAGACCUCUGCUGCUCAAGUUAUUUUAAAACUAUUUAUUUACUAAUUUAUUGAUUUUUACUAUGGUAAAUAGAUGAAUAUGUACAAUGGUAUAACGAGGAUAUACACGCGUUGUUGACAUAGUCACAUUGAUCCUGAGGUGAUUGCCGUCCAUUCUCCCCUGCGUUUGUGUUGUUGAGUUUGGCCAAACAAGAAAAACCAUGGGCAUUUAGACAGCUUCCCGAUCACUCAUUUUCACACGAGUUCACAUUGACUGAACCAUCUGUGUCUGCAGUUCGCUCUUCCCAAGCACUAGACAGAUGACAACUUUUGCUCCCAAUUAUGCUGGGAAGGGGGCAGGCAGCGUGAUGCAUGAUGGUGACAGGAGGGCUGCAGUAUCAGCACACACAGGCUGUGGUUUACACACAUCAGGCAAACAUAGAACCAUGGGAAACAGACUGGAAGCUCGGCUAAUGAACACAAUGGAUGGGUCUGAGUGACGGACACCCUGACGAUCCACAGACACAUGCGGGGCUGUGGAAAACAAGAGUUUCGCUGCAGGGCUAUGUUUGCUUUGCUAAGGGGCAGAGAAGCCCCACUGUAAACGUGCUUCCGGCGCUAUCUGUGUUUUUAAGAACGUGCCUCUGUCUGGUUGACCUUUUUCACCCGAGAAUGUACCGACUUAGACCAAGGGUAUGUACAGUAAAUAAACGACUACGCUCUAAACGAGAAA